AUGAUGAAGCAGCCGGCAGCACCAGCGCCUGACACAGCCAAUCUCAAAGCGGCUGCCAUCACCUCCGUGACGAUGCUCUUCUACGCCUCUAACGACAUGACCUGCAAGAUGGUGAUGGCGCGGCUUCCCGUGCCAGAGACGCUGGCGUUUCGAAAUGGCCUAACGGUACUUGGGACCGCUGCAAUUGCAGGGCCGUCAGCACUCCGGGAGAUUGCAACGCUAUCAAGGCGGGACGCCAAGGCGCUCCUCGCACGCACCAGUUGCGACAUCACUCUCACCACUUGCUUUUUGAUCUCGCUGGCCGAGCUACCUUUGGCGAAUGCGGCAGCCGUCCUGCAGAUUGCACCUCUUAUAAUCGUACUCGGCGGCGCGGUCUUUUUUGGAGAGCGCGUUGGACCUGUUGAUUGGCUCCUCUCCAUUAUCGGGUUUAUCGGCGCGCUCAUCAUUAUCCGGCCAGGCGCGCGUUGCGAGGGCUUCAACGCCUUUUCUCUCUGGCUCGUCGCCGCGGCCUUUGCUGGCGCUCUGAGAGAUCUGCUCUCGCGCACCUUAUCUGAUGCACUAGCCCCGAGCACUGUUGCGCUCUCCUCGUCGACGGGUGUCCUCCUUUGGAGCCUCGGCUGGCUGGCCUUGACCUCGCAGGCCUACGUCAGGCCCUCGGCGUUUGAGGUUUGGCUCCUCGUUGCGACAGCCGGCAGCCUGCUCACCGCCAACGUGCUGGCGGUCGUCAUGAUGCGCAGCGGGAACGCUGCUUUUGGCGCGCCAUUUCGAUACACGCUCCUCCUCUGGGCGACGUUGCUGCAGGCAGCGUUUUUCGGCGCUUGGCCUGAUAGCCUGACAUGCAUCGGAGGCGGCGUCAUCUUGUGCGCUGGCCUCGCUGCACUGCACCGCGAGGGACGGCGCCGCACCGUCCGCGCAGCCCCGAAGAACAGCACGCAUGUGGCCCCAGCGCCGACCCGCGCGAAGUUGUCCGAGCGGCUGCUGGAGUUGGAGGCGUGA